GUCGGCGCCCCGGCGGCUGUCUGCAAUUGGCCGGCGGCUGGGCCAAGCGCGACUUCGACGCACACCGUGACUACGAGCUCCUGUUGACAAAGCCAUGACUCGCGGCGACUCACUCUGCUCAGGUUCUACGUUCCCAGUGUCGUGCAAUAGCGGCCGUGCGACGGCCGAGUGACUGCUGAAUGAGACGCAUUCCGAAGCAAGGUGACCGUCUCUGUAAUGGCCAGGCUGAUGCUUUGACGCUUGGGCGCGCGAGCAGGUCCGAUCUGGAAGCCCCUUGGGAAGCCCACGCACGGAGGCUUCUGCCUGGCUAGCACUUCGCGUAAUUCCCCUCGUGGCCGCAAUAUGCCCCGCCGGACGGCUAUAAAGCGUUCGCUUUGUCCGCCUCGUCAAAACCCUAUACGGGCGGCCACACACCACUGCCACCCAUCAUCGGCGAUCGGUCCUUGUUCUCGCGUGUCUUAUAUAAGGGCCCGCGUAGCUGUGUUCACGUCCACCAAUUGCUCCUCACACUCUGCCAUGACUGCCGUUGCCUCGUCGUCUCAGUCUCUCUACGCUACCCUGCCGUCUGCGGCCUCGGGGUUGCCUUCAUCGUAUAGCUCUGCAACGGCACCAUCUCAGCCGAAGCGGUUUGCUUUUGCGCAAGUACAGGGAACAGUCUGCCUCAUCCAAGUCCCGCAUUCGCACCAGGGCACUAUGUCCUCCGCGCUGGUCCCCUCGGACGUGCACAUAUUCCGGCACGAGUUCAUCACCCAGUUCCGCUUCUCCCACUCCACCGCCCUGCAUCCCGCAGACCUGCAUAUCCUCGAGCCGAUCGACGAGGCGCACACGCUCUACGAGGAGGAAAAGGGCACCGUCUUCCUCGCACGCGAGCUCAUGGCGCGCCUGCAGAAGCUCACCGUUGACUCGCAGCGGGCGUUCCGUCGACCACGUGUGGCGGGGCAAAUAUCGCGGUCGCAUUGACGCUGGGCGUCGCAAGAGUGUCUUAGACGGAUCGAGGAGGGCUUUUGGGCUUCGGGGACCCGAGUCGGAAGGCAUGGCCUUAGCGAGGCUAUGCGGCCUGCCUGCUGAGGCACCUGCGAUCCCGAGCGGGGCGGAGUGAAAAGCUGACAUGCUAGCGGAUCGAAGAGGGCGUUCGCGAGGCACACCCACACCUUUACCAUACAUCGCCGCAACCCGUGCGGUCUGGCCCAUACCGUAAUCCCGCGUGUGUACUAAUUUAUUAGAUAUCCGGGUCUGUCAUUGUUGCAUUUGUAGUUUUAGUCAAUCGUAGCAUUAGUUGUGAUCCACCUAAGUUGCUCUCUCCA